ACCAGCGAGCCUUCUCCAUCCUUUGCAGGAUGUAGCCGCUGCGAUGCCAGCAGCAGCAUCCCCGGCGCUGUAGACCAGGGGCUCCCCUCCCGCCCUUGCCCUGCCCCCCUUUCCUUGGGGAUAAGAAGACAAGACAGUUCGGGGCUCAAUUCGGCCUUCCCCGCCCCCUCCUCCUCCCGUAGAGAAAGAAAGAAAGAGGGAGAAGCUGGCCAUUCUUUCGCCCCACGCGUCAUCUCCUCGGAUUCCCUGAAGCAUCCCUCCCCGCUCCUCCUCCUCAUCUCCAUCUCUUCUACCAUGGCCUGGUUUCCUUUCUGCAGUGGUAACAACAUACACUGUGACAGGCUCUGACUAGGACUUCUUCUCUGCCUCUUCCAUGGCUUGGUCCCCUGGCUGGCCUCUAUAACACCUUCCGGCCCCUUGCUUGGGGCUCCCUAGAAUGAAUACAGGACACAUCUGGGACUGAGUAGCAGGUUUCUCCUGUCUACCCCACUGACCUAGCCAAAGUCCACUUGCUAUUCUCCGCAUCUUGCCCAGCCCAGCUGUAGCUCACCAACACCAUGGGAGACAUGGUAAACAGCUCGGUGGAUUUCUACCCUAAAAACCAACGGCGAGAGCUGAACCAUGCUGGUGGCUUUGGCUGCACCCUUGCGGAGCUGCGCUCCCUCAUGGAGCUGCGAGGAGCUGAGGCUCUCCAGAAAGUCCAGGAGACCUACUCUGAUGUCAACGGGCUCUGCAGAAGGCUCAAGACCUCUCCCACCGAAGGUCUAUCAGACAAUGCAGCUGACUUGGAAAAGAGAAGACAGAUCUACGGUCAGAAUUUCAUCCCCCCAAAGAAGCCCAAGACCUUCCUACAGUUAGUAUGGGAGGCCCUGCAGGACGUGACGCUGAUCAUUUUGGAAAUUGCUGCCAUCAUCUCCCUGGGGUUGUCUUUUUAUGCCCCUCCAAGUGAAGAGAGCGAAAACUGUGGGAAUGUACAGGCUGGUGGAGAAGACGACGGCGAAGCUGAAGCGGGCUGGAUUGAGGGUGCCGCCAUCUUACUCUCGGUGAUUUGUGUAGUCCUCGUUACGGCCUUCAAUGAUUGGAGCAAGGAAAAGCAAUUCAGAGGUCUGCAGAGCCGCAUAGAACAGGAGCAGAAAUUCACCGUUAUCCGUAAUGGGCAACAGGUUCAGAUUCCUGUGGCUGAGCUGGUUGUAGGGGACAUUGCCCAAAUCAAAUAUGGUGACUUGCUUCCAGCUGAUGGGGUGUUAAUCCAGGGGAAUGAUCUCAAGAUCGAUGAGAGCUCCUUGACGGGAGAGUCAGAUCACGUGCGUAAAUCCGUGGAGAAGGAUCCCAUGUUGCUGUCAGGCACUCAUGUCAUGGAAGGCUCUGGGCGGAUGGUCAUCACAGCUGUCGGGGUCAACUCCCAGACUGGGAUUAUCUUCACUUUGCUGGGUGCUGGUGGGGAAGAGGAAGAGAAGAAGGAUAAGAAAGGGAAGCAGCAGGAUGGGGCUGUGGAGAAUAAUCAGAACAAAGCCAAAAAGCAAGAUGGGGCUGUGGCCAUGGAAAUGCAACCCCUGAAAAGUGCCGAGGGGGGUGAGAUGGAAGAGCGGGAGAAGAAGAAAGCCAGCGUACCCAAAAAAGAGAAGUCUGUCCUGCAGGGGAAGCUCACCAAACUGGCUGUCCAAAUCGGAAAAGCAGGGCUGGUGAUGUCUGCCAUCACUGUCAUCAUCUUGGUCCUGUAUUUUGUCAUUGAGACAUUUGUCAUCGAUGGGAAGACAUGGUUGGCAGAGUGCACCCCUGUCUAUGUGCAAUAUUUUGUCAAGUUCUUCAUCAUCGGAGUCACUGUCCUGGUGGUAGCCGUGCCUGAAGGCUUGCCAUUGGCUGUUACAAUCUCUCUCGCCUAUUCCGUCAAGAAAAUGAUGAAGGAUAAUAACCUGGUUCGACACCUGGAUGCUUGUGAGACCAUGGGCAAUGCCACAGCCAUCUGUUCAGACAAGACUGGCACCCUCACCACCAACCGUAUGACUGUGGUGCAGUCCCAUUUGGGUGACACAUACUACAAAGAGAUCCCUGACCCCAGCAACCUGACAUCCAAGACACUGGACCUGCUGGUGCAUGCCAUUGCUGUCAACAGUGCCUACACUACCAAGAUACUACCUCCAGAAAAGGAAGGAGGUCUGCCACGCCAGGUGGGCAACAAGACAGAAUGUGCAUUGCUGGCCUUUGUGCUUGACCUGCGACGCGACUACCAGCCAGUGCGUGAACAGAUCCCUGAGGAGAAGUUGUAUAAGGUGUACACCUUUAACUCUGUCCGCAAGUCCAUGAGCACUGUCAUCUGCAUGCCCGAUGGUGGCUACCGCCUCUUCAGCAAAGGCGCUUCUGAGAUCAUUCUCAAAAAGUGCACAAACAUCCUGAACAGCAAUGGAGAACUGCGUGCGUUCCGGCCCCGGGACCGAGAUGAAAUGAUCAAGAAAGUGAUUGAGCCCAUGGCAUGUGACGGUCUACGAACAAUCUGUGUGGCUUACCGGGAUUUCUCAGCUGGGAAGGAACCUGACUGGGACAACGAGAACGAUAUUGUGAUAGACCUGACUUGCAUUGCCGUGGUGGGAAUCGAGGACCCUGUACGGCCGGAGGUGCCAGAGGCCAUCCGCAAAUGCCAGCGUGCCGGCAUCACUGUCCGCAUGGUGACAGGAGACAACAUCAACACUGCCCGGGCCAUUGCGGCCAAAUGUGGCAUCAUACAGCCGGGCGAGGACUUCCUGUGCUUGGAGGGGAAGGAGUUCAAUCGGCGAAUCCGCAAUGAAAAGGGAGAGAUAGAACAGGAACGCCUGGAUAAAAUCUGGCCAAAAUUGCGGGUCCUGGCUCGCUCAUCACCCACUGACAAACAUACCUUGGUGAAGGGCAUCAUUGACAGCACUAUUGGGGAACAGCGCCAGGUGGUUGCUGUCACUGGUGAUGGAACGAACGAUGGACCAGCACUCAAGAAGGCUGAUGUGGGGUUUGCUAUGGGCCUAGCCGGCACUGAUGUGGCGAAAGAGGCCUCGGACAUCAUCCUAACAGAUGACAACUUCUCCAGCAUUGUCAAGGCGGUGAUGUGGGGCCGCAACGUUUAUGACAGCAUCUCCAAAUUUUUGCAGUUCCAGCUCACAGUUAAUGUGGUGGCAGUCAUUGUGGCCUUCACUGGUGCCUGCAUCACACAGGACUCUCCCCUGAAGGCAGUGCAAAUGCUGUGGGUGAACCUAAUUAUGGACACUUUUGCCUCUCUGGCUCUUGCAACCGAACCCCCCACCGAGGCCCUGCUGCUGCGCAAGCCAUAUGGACGCAACAAACCCCUCAUUUCCCGGACCAUGAUGAAGAACAUUCUGGGCCAUGCUGUGUACCAGCUCAUUAUCAUCUUCACCCUCCUGUUUGUGGGCGAGGUUUUCUUUGACAUCGACAGUGGCCGCAAUGCCCCUCUGCACUCCCCGCCUUCAGAGCACUACACCAUCAUCUUCAACACCUUUGUCAUGAUGCAGCUCUUCAAUGAGAUCAACGCCCGCAAAAUCCACGGCGAGCGCAAUGUCUUUGAUGGCAUCUUUGGCAACCCCAUCUUCUGCAGCAUUGUCCUAGGCACUUUUGGCAUCCAGAUAGUCAUUGUACAAUUUGGAGGAAAGCCAUUCAGCUGUUCUCCACUGAAUGCACAGCAGUGGCUCUGGUGUCUGUUUGUGGGCUUUGGGGAGCUGGUCUGGGGGCAGGUCAUUGCUACCAUUCCCACCAGUCACCUGAAAUGCUUAAAGGAGGCAGGUCAUGGCCCUGGAAAGGAUGAAAUCACCGAUGAGGAGUUGGCGGAGGAUGAGGAGGAAAUUGACCAUGCUGAGCGGGAGCUGCGCCGUGGCCAGAUCCUGUGGUUCCGAGGCCUCAACCGCAUCCAGACCCAGAUGGAGGUAGUUAGCACCUUCAAGAGAAGUGGCUCCUUUCAGGGGGCUAUCCGACGCCGCUCUUCCGUCCUCAGCCAACUGCACGAUGUAACCAAUAUUUCUACCCCCACUCACAUCCGCGUAGUGAAAGCAUUCCGUAGCUCACUCUAUGAAGGGCUGGAGAAGCCAGACACAAAGACCUCCAUCCAUAACUUCAUGACGACGCCCGAGUUCUUGAUCAACGACUACAUCCACAACAUCCCCCUCAUUGACGAUACAGAUGUGGAGGAGAGCGAGGGUCCCCCGAGACGGCGCUUCCGGGCCAGCCCCCCACCAUCCCCCAACAAGAACAACAACGCCAUCGACAGCGGCAUCUACCUAAGCACCGAUGUCAGCAAGACACCUACCUCCUUGUCCAGCCCAGUCAGUCCGCUUCACAGCAUGGAAACCUCCCUCUAACACAACCCCACCAUGCAACCGGUCAACAUGACUUUGUGCACAGCAGGGAGUGUCCAGUUCCUCCUGGAAGGCCAGGACUAGCUGAGUGAGUCAGGAAGGAAAGCGGGCAGGAGAUGGCCUUUCUCCUCUUGACGCUGGAGGCUUUUUCCUCUCUCAGUGGGGUAGAAAUGGACACAGUUUCCGCCACGGGAUGGCUCAGGCAAAUAAAGAAGAGAAACUAUGUGGAUGCCACGAAAGGGAUGAAGCGCACCGUGUGUGGGGAGGGAGGGGAGAUAAGUUUUCUUCAGAGUCACCCAGGAAGGCUUUGGGCCUAGUUCCCAGAGGGUGUACAGGAAAAAAAAAAGAAAACCACCCAUUUCUCUAGUCUGUUCUUUGUUUCUCUUUGGACACAAAACACACUCACCAAACCCACGACGACGAUUCCCCCAUUUAGGGGUUGCUUUUGUUUCUUUCUGGGACUUCUUUUCAGUUUUGUUUUCCUUUCUCUCCAAAGUUUCAAACAGGAACUAUAUUUGCACCGGAAAAAGAACAAAAAAACAAAACAAAAAAAAGAGGAAUAAUCUAGACAUCUAUUAUCCUAAAUAUAUAUAUAUGAUACCAACUGACAGAUGUAUUAACGGACCUUCUGACCAUAACGCAUGCCUGUUAUCAAACCCUUCUUUCUUCUUCCCUCCUUCCAAUGGAAUUUCAGCCUGGGGCAAUUUUGUUUUUUUUAAAAAAUCAUUGCUCGCUGUA